CCCCUUCAAACCAACACUAAGUCCCGCCUCGCAGUGUGGAUCUUGCUGGCGACUUGAGGAUAUAAAAUGAAGGAACUUAGUAUAACUGGGACGUACUCUCUAGUUGGCGUUCCCUCAGUGAACUCCUAUACAGAAGUCAAUCCAAUGUUGUAGUCAGUGCACACACACAGCGAUAUUGCGUUGCCGGUUUUCUGUCACUUCCAAGCCGAAAAGAUUUCACAGUCAGCGGGUGGAGACAGAGCCAUGGCAGGGGACGGUUCGGACCAACGGGCGCUGCAGUAUGAACAAACUCUGAUGUAUGGGCGCUACACCCAGGAGCUUGGGGUGUUCGCUAAAGAGGAGGCGGCUCGGCUGAGGGAGAGCGGACAGAGGCGAUCAGUCACCGAACGAAGCCGGGCCCUGGACUUGCUGGAGUACGAGAAGGGGCGCUGUGCCAAGUGUCGCAUUUGCACGGUUCGCUGUCAGAAGUUCCUGAUCUCGCGUGUCGGGGAGGAUUGGAUCUUUCUCGUGCUGCUGGGACUUGUCAUGGCCAUGGUCAGCUGGGUGAUGGACUUCUGCAUCGCCAUCUGCCUGCAAGCACAGAAAUGGAUGUACGGGGGUCUGGACAGUAAUGUGUUGCUGCAGUAUCUGGCCUGGGUCACCUACCCUGUUGUCCUCAUCACCUUCUCUGCUGGCUUCACCCAGAUCCUCGCCCCACAGGCCGUUGGUUCAGGUAUUCCAGAGAUGAAGACCAUCCUGAGAGGUGUGGUGCUGAAGGAGUAUCUCACUUUCAAAACUUUUGUGGCCAAAGUCAUCGGCCUCACCUGCGCUUUGGGCAGCGGCAUGCCCCUGGGAAAGGAGGGUCCAUUUGUACACAUCGCCAGUCUGUGUGCUGCUGUUCUCAGCAGGUUCAUGUCUCUGUUUGGAGGAAUUUAUGAGAAUGAGUCUAGGAACACUGAGAUGCUGGCAGCAGCCUGUGCUGUGGGAGUGGGCUGCUGUUUUGCUGCUCCCAUAGGAGGAGUGUUGUUCAGUAUUGAAGUAACAUCCACAUUCUUUGCGGUGAGGAACUAUUGGAGAGGUUUCUUUGCUGCUACCUUCAGUGCCUUCAUCUUCAGAGUACUGGCUGUUUGGAACAAAGAUGAAGAAAACAUCACAGCCCUGUUUAAAACCCGUUUCCGGCUAGACUUUCCAUUUGACCUCCAGGAGCUUCCUGCCUUCGCCGUCAUUGGUAUUGCCAGUGGUUUUGGUGGGGCUUUGUUUGUCUACCUGAACCGACUUAUUGUCCAGUUCAUGAGGAAACAGAAGGCCAUCAACAAAUUCCUCAUGAAAAAACGUCUGCUGUAUCCAGCACUGGUCACUUUACUGAUCUCCACGCUAACGUUUCCCCCUGGCUUUGGGCAGUUUAUGGCUGGAAAGCUCACCCAGGCAGAGUCUCUGGUGACAUUACUGGACAACCGGACAUGGGCCAAGCAGGGCAUCGCUGAGGAGUUUGACUACAUCGGACACUCUCAAGCCUGGAAACACCCGGAGGUCAACGUCUUCGUCACUCUGGUCAUCUUCAUUGUCAUGAAGUUCUGGAUGUCUGCCCUGGCCACCACCAUCCCCGUGCCCUGCGGAGCCUUCAUGCCAGUGUUUGUCAUUGGGGCAGCGUUUGGUCGUCUGGUUGGGGAAAGCAUGGCAGCCUGGUUCCCAGAUGGCAUUCACACAGAUGGCACCAUCUACCCCAUAGUGCCAGGAGGCUACGCGGUCGUCGGUGCAGCGGCUUUGGCAGGAGCGGUCACCCACACGGUUUCUACUGCAGUCAUCGUGUUCGAGCUGACUGGCCAGAUUUCCCACAUCCUGCCAGUGAUGAUAGCAGUGAUCUUGGCCAACGCAGUGGCCCAGUCCUUGCAGCCGUCCUUGUACGACUCCAUCAUCAGGAUCAAGAAGCUGCCCUACCUGCCAGAGCUGGGCUGGGGACACCACGAGAAAUAUAAUAUUCGAGUGGAGGACAUCAUGGUAAGGGACGUGCGGUACAUCACACUCAACUGCUGCUAUCGAGACCUGCACAACGUUUUGCUGACGGAGCACCUCAAGACCCUGGCACUGGUGGAGUCAGCUGAGUCCAUGAUCCUGUUGGGCUCCAUCGAGCGUGCCCAGCUCCAGUUGCUGCUCUCCCAGCAGCUCGGGCGCCCCAGGCGUUUAGAGUACAUCAGGAAACAAGCUGUUGCGGAGAAGAAAAGGCUGUCAGUAUUGUCAAAUCCCAGCAGUGAGGACAGCAGCCCGCGGGCCAGUCAGGAGGUCCGCUUUCAGAUCUCUACCGAGGAAUCAUCCGCUAAUCCUACUCGUCCGGUUCUUCAGAAGCCUCUCAAACCCGCUCUGAAGAGAUCCUCUGGGGUGGAGCGACCCACCGAGAUGCCCACCGGUCCACAAAAUAAUUCGGGCAUUGCUUUAAAGAACCUUUUCUGCGCCAGUCCAGUCACAGAAGGCCUGGAGAAUAACAACAACAUGGAGAGCCCUACGCCUCCUGAGCUCAGCAGGCCAGCCAAACGAGUCCGGAUAUCUGUUGUGGAUGAUGGGGAUGUGGAGGACGACAUGACCAUUAGAGAGAUUGCAGAGUGGGAGGAGAAGCAGCUUGAUGAGCAGGUUAACUUCAACAACUGCAAGAUUGACCCCGCGCCGUUCCAGCUGGUGGAGCGCACGUCGUUGCAUAAGACCCACACCAUCUUCUCCCUGCUGGGCCUCGACCACGCCUACGUCACCAGCAUCGGACGACUCAUCGGGGUGGUUUCCCUCAAAGAGCUUCGCAAAGCCAUUGAGGGCUCUGUGACAGUGAAAGGUGUGAAGGUGCGUCCUCCUCUGGCCAGUUUCCGGGACAGCGGCACCAGCAGCAGUGAGAACGAGGCCACCGAGCUCCACAAGCUGUGGGACCACCACAAGAGCAUGUCGCUGCCCCGUGAACACACCCCAUCUGCAUCUGAUGAGAAGUCCCAGUGAAGGAAAGCAGAGGAAGUAAAGCGGGUGGUGGAGGAGGAGGAGGAGGAAGAGGAGGAGCGAGGCGUCGAGGUCUCCCAAAUCCACAAACAUGCAACAGACCUCAGGGCUUAGGAACAAUAUUUAAUUCUGGAAUGAGUUCUCCUGCUACACCAGCCACCUUGCAUCUUCUCCCUCCCCCUCUGCCAUCACUUUGCUUCAUGGACCAGCCAGUGAUUUCUCCCAGAGCCUUGCACUGACCAAGCCACACUCUCCAUGGGGGGCUUGAACAUAAGUCAACCUGUGCCCUGUGGUCCUUCUAUCCUUGAGAACCCACAGCAAUGCAAAUGUGGACUGGGUUCAAAAAUGAAACAGUGUUGGACAAAUCCAAUUAGGGACUGGGAGUGAGUUGGAACCUUUAAAAAGGGGAUAUUUGUUAGCAGACCCUUUUUAGCUCAUGGAUCAUUAGAGUUGAGAUCAAAUCUUGUGAAGGAGUCUUCCACUUCUGU